GUUCAAGGAUAAUUUAUUUAGUUUUUUUUAAGAUCGUGAACAUCUGUGUCUAUAGUCACGGAAGAAUCACAACUUCGAGGAAACCAUCAAUCGUAGACUACAACCCGAAACGUUAUUCUUCCUAAUUAAUGUCUUACCUUUAACUGGGAUUGUUUGUACACUCACCAGAUCACCGUAUUUUAUCCGCUUUGAAAACCGUUUUGCAACCCAUCGAAUGGAUGUUAACACUGGCUCUAUUACGGGUAGUCCUAGUUCAUUUAUUGCGAUCUAGUACAUCAAGCAAUAAUAAGCAUAAGUAACACUUACCCUUAAGGAUUCCAGGUUCUUUUAGUUCCCCCAAAAUAUACACAAGCACAACAGAUUCAUACUUUUCAUGCGGCUCAACCUUAUUUGGCUUAGAUUCUCUCACAAUAUAUUUUUUUAAAUGAUAGCAGACACACGGAUGGUAUAUUCACAUUCUCAAAAAUCUUCAAAGCUUUUUCAACUUCAACCCAGGUUCUAAAUUCUCUGGGUUUAAUUUGUUCUUCGAAAACCUUGCUAAUACCAACUCUGAUGGUGCUCUCUUCAACAGAUUCACUCGCAGAUUGUUGUAUGCUGCAAACAUGAACGAAAAAGACACUCUUUUUCCAGAUUUCUACAUGUUAUGCAAGUAACUGAGCCAACAAUUGUAACGGCAACCAACUAAUGGACUGGAAACAACUGCUUCUGACAGCCAAACAUCUUCAUGUGCACAAUUUCAAAACCCUCUACACAGUACUAAUUCAUUAACAGCUGAAAACCAACUAAAACACUCAAAGCCGCAUGAAUGCAAGGUAUGAAAACAAUUACACCGAAAUGAAUGCACUGGCCUGGUAGUGAAAACUUUCGAAACCAAAGAAAUAAUUCAUUUUAACAGCAACGGAAACAAAAAAUGAGGUGAAACGCAACAUUUGUGAACGAUACGCAACAAGAUAAGUCGUGUAUAACGGCAGGAUAAACGGAACAACAAACGCGUUAACGAACAGCUACGGAACUGCGAUCCAACAUGGCCGACUAAAAUGGACGAAAAUGACCUUCGAGCGCCUCACUCCACCAAUGACCUUGAUAAGUGACGGAUAAUUUCAGCCGCCUACAGGCUGCCGUUUUAUGAGGCAUCUCAAGGUCAUCGGGUGGAUAAGGCGCCUUCAGGGCCUUUUCGUCCAUGUUAGUCGGCCAUGUUAGAACGCCGUUUGCUAACUGUUCGUUCCCACCAUGGCUUUUUUGUUUGUCCUUCAGUUAUUUGCAUUUUAUCUUAGUGUAGAUUACACACUAAUUUUGCGUUUCACAACCUCUCGGACCCCGUAGCUGUUAAAAUAAGUUAUUUCCUUUGUGUAUCCAACUUUUGUCACCAGGUCAUUUCUUUGUAAUUGUUUCGUACGUUGCCUCCAUGCUUCGUUGCGGUGUUUUAGUUGUUUUUUCAGCUGUGAAUGAAACAGUACUGUGUAGGAUUCGGCUAAGAUAAAAUAUAGGGCUCCAAGGGAUGCGAAUGCCUGACCACCCAGCUAGCAUUUUGUUCGGGCGCAUUGCAGACUUUUUGGGGCAGACUUCGGGCGCAUUGCAGACUUUUGGGCAGACUUGGGCAAAUUGCAGACUUUUAGGGACAGACUUAGGGCGAAUUGCAGACUUUUUGGGGCAGAAUUUGGGCACGUUGCAAAUUCCGAUGAAGAUUUAGGGCGCAUUGCAGACUUUUUGGGGCAGACUUCGGGACACUGUCCCACGUAAGUAGAUCUACCCGAAGUUUUUGCCCCAAAACGUCUGCAAUGCGCCCGAAAAAAAUGCACUCAUGAAAAUAAGUGGUUUUUGCACAAAAAUGACGUUUAUUCACAAGAAAAUGUAUGAAAACGCAUUAUCCAGGAUAGUUUUCGUUGGAAUGACCUAAACGUAGCUCUUAUAACAUGGAGUAUCAGUUUUCAUGUGUUUGACCAGUAUCAGUGCGAGUAUUCACCGAGGUGACUGGAGUUAAGCUCUUUUGUGUAUCCCGUUAAUCGCUCUUAUUAUGUUUUGCAGACUUAAUGGAAAGCCCUCUACUGAAUUACUAUGGUAUCCAGUAGGAGUAUCGGAAACUAAUCGCUAGGAUAAUUUCGUUAAUAAAACUAAUUAAGACAACUAAUACCAACCGCAGAAUUAACUGCAAUUUUAUCCACGAUCCAAAUUACAGGCCUUGUCCUCAAUUUAUUAUCAAGGUUAGGAUUAGGCUUAUAGUAUGGUCCGUAUAUAUAUUUGCCGUAAUCCUAAUUAAACUCUGGUUCCAACUCUAACGAGCUACUAACACAGCCCUAAUAGUACUUUAAGAAGUUAUUCCUUGUGAAAUUUGCUCCUUGGUUGCUGAACAGUGGCCAUUUCCUUGCUAUAAUAAUGGCAGAUAUCAUGAACCAGCGGAUAUCAUGCUUUCUAGAUCAAUAGAUGGUUCACACCCCUGGGAUCCUAUGGUUUAAUUUCGCCCAGAAAGUUUUGAAAUUGUACAGAUGAACACUUGGUGACAGAAGCUGUUGUUGGCUGUUCAUUUAUUGGUUUCCGUUAUUGUUGCUGGCUCAGUUGGUUAUUUAAUAUCAUGCAAAAAUCUACGAGUCAAUUUGGUGGAGAGAUCUUGAUCAGACAUGAUAUUAGCAAUAUUUUCGAAGAAAAUAUUAGACCCAAAGAAUUUAAAACAUGGGUUGAAGUUGAAAAAGCCUUAAAACUUUUCGAGAAGUUAACAAACACCCGAUAUAUUGUGAGAGAAAGUAAAUUGAACAAGAAUGAGCCACAUGUGAAGUAUGAUUACGUGGUGUUUACAUGUACUUUUGGACACAAAAGAAGAUCUGAAGGCAAUCACAUCCGUCUCAAGAAAUCUAAAUACAUUGGUUGCGCAUCGAUGGUACGCUUCCGAUAUCAAUCUAAUAAAUUUAUCAUUUCAUCUGCAUAUAUGGUCCAUAAUCACCUUUGCAAUUCUGAGUGUGUAACCAAGAAUGCCAAAGCCCGCAAAUUAAAUGAGUCAAAAUUGUACAUAGUUAAGCCAGUGGUGUCUGUUUCAUCCCAGCCUCAAGAAUUGUCGGCAAUGGAUGUUAGCUACCAGAAACCCGCUACCCAUGACAACCGCUGUACACCUGUUACACAAAACAGUGACAUCGAAAACUACCAGAAGUUGAAACGAAAGUUUUGUAAAACCCUUGACAGAUACGUCAGUACAGGUCAUGUAAAAGAGGCAACUGCUUUUUUAUUGUCUACAUUUAACCAAUUGAAGGAACUAAAGAUGAACAGAUAAACCCUCGUUGAGAACGCGAAACGGCCCUCUUUAGGGCCACCACAUACUUGUUAUGACCAAGUUAAACUUUAAGCGCUAUUGAGUACCAGCAGAGUGUGACUGCAUCGAUGACCUUGAAGACGCCAAAUAAACAUCUAUUAAGACCUGUAAUCGCAAAUAAAUCAUGCCUAGUGAAAUCUUGUGUUAUUAAAUGUGACAUGUGGCAUAUUUCAGCUCAAGUUUGGGAAAGAUUAGGUUAAGGUGCAGGCUAAGAAGAGGUUAGGUGUAGGUCGACUUAGUAGGGUCGUCAUAAGGGUUGGCUCGAGUUAGAUUGUGGUCAGAUGAAAGGUAUUUUCACGUCAGGGUAAGGUCAAGGGAAAAUUAGGGUUUGAAGAUCUAGAUAAUUACAUGCAUAGAAUGUAGUUAAAUUACUCUGUUGAUGCUCCAAUCCAAAACUGAGAAGUACUUUGUGACGUCGGAGAAAGGUAACCCGUAUGACAUUUGUAUGCCUUUUAUUUAGGAGACUCGCCGACCAUGCACACGAUCCGGAGU